AUGCUGAUCUGUUUCUUCGAUAUUAGGGGUGUUGUGCACAAAGAAUUUGUUCCACAAGGUCAAACAGUGACAGGAGUAUUUUAUAAUGAAGUUCUUAAGCGAUUGUGUCAUAGAAUGUMUCGUGUGAGGCCGGAAUUAGCCAAAAAUGGUUGGGUCCUUCACCAUGACAAUGCGUCUGCACACUCAUUAAAAGUUCAACAGUUUUUGACCAGACAUCGCUAUGAGGAUUUGGAGGACAUUCAACAUGCCGUAACAACGGUGUUGAAGAGUUUAACUUCUGGAGACUUCCAGGAGUGCUUCCAGAAAUGGGAAGAACGCUGGACCAAGUGUGUUAGACUCGGAGUAGAKUACUGUGAAGGCAUGGGUGUAUAA